AUGUAUGGUGAAUUCAGUAGUAAUUCGGGAUCUUCUUCACAAACUACUGCUGUCAUCCAGGUUUUUGAAGAUAUCUCCUCUAAAAUACUCAAAAUACGUCUACUGGCAAAUGAGCUGGAAACGCUGAACAAAAGCAUAAGCAUAACAGGAAAUUCAAAGGCUCAAUCUGACCUUCUUAAUAAAAGAGAAAAAGAUGCCCUUGAGCUAGUUGACGACACUAAAAACGUGUUCAUUAAUCUUUCGAAGCAGCCUUUAUCGGAUCAGAUAACGAAAAUUCAUGUUGAGAAGCUCAAAGUUGACUUUCAGCGUGUGCUUCAUCGGUUUCAAAGAACUCAAGCUGAAAUCAAAAGGCGAUUGCUUACUGAAAGUCGUCCAACUUCCUCAAUUGUUGGAGAUCUGAUUAAUUUGGAUUCGAAUGAUACUGAUGCAGGCCAAUUUAUUCAAGCACAAAUCUGCACCCCCCAAGAUUAUGAAGUUCAGGAAUUGGGACUAGCGUUAAAUCAGGAGGAUCAAAUGCGUUCUAUAGAGGAAGAUAUUGUGAAUGUAAAUGCAAUUUUUCAUCAACUUUCUGAAUUAGUAUAUGAACAACGCAGUGCUAUUGAUUCAAUUGAAGACAACAUCGAAGUAGCAUUAGCUAAUGAACAGUCUGGUCAUUCAGAGCUAGCAAAAGCUGCUAAUAGACGACAAAGAUCUCGAAGAUGUUGUUGCAUAUUCGUAGCUGUUUUAAUUGUGGCUAUUUUAAUUGUGAUAAUUAUCUUGGUGAUUGAAUAUCCUCCAAAACGAACUCAGUAA